UUAACCGCCUGCACUUAGAGAAUGCGCGACAGGGCUUCGCGUAUAAUACAACAGCUACCUCGAAACUUGCUCGAAACGCAUGCAAAAUGGUGAAAUUUUUCUUUUGGAUAUCGGCUGGUUUGUGUCUAAGUCUGGCGACUGUUGUUGGAUUUCUUCCAGAAUUCUCUGACAACGAAGUGAAGGAUGCAAAAUCAGACAGGUAUGAAUUAUACCCUGCUUGCGCAACACUUCUGCGGUCCCAAGUGAAUGUGGAAAUGCACGCCAGUCUUGUUUACAUGAAUAUGGCAGCCCACUUCGAUCAGAAUGGAAUAGCACGAAAAGGAUUCGCCAAAUUAUUUAGAAAAAAUUCGGAAGAAGAAAGAGAACAUGCACAGAAAUUCAUCGAUUAUUUGAACCUUCGGGGAAGCAAGUUUACACAAUUCAAUGUUGAUAUGCCAGACAAGACUUCCUGGAUCAAUACACUGGAAGCCCUGAACGAAGCCAUCGUGCUGGAGAAAGAAGUCUACAAUCAACUGAAUCAUAUUCACGAUAUAGCAGAAGCACACUGUAAAGACAGUCACUUGACGGAUUUCUUGGAACGAGAGUAUUUUGAUGAACAAAUUGAAUCCAUAGACCAAUUUAUUCGACAUGCUUCCGUACUGGGGUCCAUGUCAGAACACGCCCUAGGAGAAUAUUUGUACGAUCUGCAAUUGCAAGGAGAACUUAAAGAUUAAUGAUUCUGUCUUCAUCUCAUAUUGUGAUGCUAAGAAGCCCAAAACGAAUGCUUUCCAUAUCGUUGGAACUGUUCCAAGCACAUGAUUUUCGUAACUGUUAAUAAAUUUGUAUAAUUUCUUUGAGAACAACUAAAGCUAAAUCGCAUUGAAAUGAUAGCCUCGCUUAGUGAAAAUUUUAAACUGAAAUUAGUUUUGUUUGUCUGAUUUUGAAACAUUUUCCCGACUAUUCUAUCUUCUAAUUCUCGGCUAUUCUACUUUUCUAUUUCUGAACUAAAUUUUUCUGAACCUUUAGUGAAACUAAUUGUUGUUCGCCGUUCACCCUUACGAAUUAAUAUAAAAUUAAGAGUUUUAGGAAUAAUUUCAUAUUUUUCAUUCUGUUACUAACUACUUAGAAUUCUGAUGAGGAAAUAGAUUCUGAGAUAUUAUUUCUGGCCAAGUACGUAUUUAAGCCACGCUGUUCAUUCAUAAAUAUAGAAGUAAAACUACGCAACAAUUGUUUUGAAUUUUAAAACUGAAUUCUUUAUUUUUAAUUUUUACCUUCCUCACAAAAAAAUUUGAAAAAAUUAGAAAAAGCCCACUAAGACAACUUAUAACAAAUAAUGAUUUAUAAAUUAUUGUAUAACUAAACUGAAUUGUUACAUGAAAUCUGAAAAAUAAAUAACUUGAAUAGUUUUUUUAAUGAAUAAUCCUAAUUCGAACACACGGGCAAAUAAAUGUUUAAUAUAAAAAUUUUUAAAACUUUAUGAUGUCAUAAGUGCAUUUAUAACUUCUAGUUAAGAGUUGCAAGAACAGCUGCUGGCUAGCGUAUCUUCUCCGGGUCAUUGAAAGCAGGAAGGCGAAUAUGAAUGUGCAAUCCAAAUCAAAUUCUUUGAUAAAUAAAAUGGUUGUAUGUACCCCAUGCGGAGUGAUAUUUUUUACAAUUAUUAUUCACAAUUAUUAUUACAAUUAUUAUUUACAAUUACAAUUACUAUUCGACAGCAAUUAAAUAGAAGAUUAUAAAAACAUUUUCAUCAUAUGUGCGUUCUCUAAAAUGUCUUUAGAGAAGGAAGGAUAAGCAUUCGUUUUGAAUGGAUUCUAACGAACGUUUUUACAUAUUUAUUUAACUUUACUAUAAUCUCUAUCCAUUUUCAUCGAAAUGUUCUAUUUUUUAUUGUAACAUUUCCUGCAUAAAUUUCGUAAUUUUCUUUGAUUUGUUGAAUAAAUUUAAUUUCCUUUUUUUUUUAAAUCUUAUUUUACCAGAACAUAAAUAAACACUUACUGUAGUUUUAUUUCAUUCAUAUGCUAUCGAACUUCAGAUUAACAUAAAUUUAACACACUAAACAUAGAAAAUAGCAGGUAAAACAUUGAAUUUUUUCUACAUUUUUAACGCUUGUUUGUAAAUCUAUAGCUCUAGUGUAAGAAAUGUAUCAAAUACGAUGGACGGUUUGAUUACCGAAAAUUUAAUCCCAUGAUAGCUUUUACUAAAAAUAUAUAAAACCUUAAACAAAGUUAAAAGCUUUAACUUUUAAAUAUAUCAUGGAACCAACAGUGUUGUAAUCUGAAAGCCAACUUUAUUUUAUUUAGUUCUUAAACUAGACUCUUUGGACUACGACCAUUUAUUUCUGAGAUAUUUAGACUUGCAAUAUAGCAUUUGAAACAGGCUGUAUAAUAUUUUACAUAUAAUUGUUUAGUUACAUUUAAUUGUUGAAUUAUUUACAUAUAAUUGUUGAAUUAUUUACAUAUAAUUGUUGAAUACGAAUGCUAACAACUUUUAUAAUGAUGCAUUUUUAAAUAUAAAUUUUCUGUUUUAUAAAAUCUUCCUUCUAUUAAUUCAAAUUGCAGAAUAAUUUCCAUAAUAUUAUAAUAUUAAAUAAAAGAAAACAUGCCAAUUUAAAACUUAAAAUUAGUCAAAAUAGCAACCUUAUGUUGGCGUAGAUUUUAAACUAUCGAGUACAAGGGCGUAAGUGUCUUCUUCAAAAGCAUAAAAUAUUUUUGCUCCUAAAUGAAAGGGACCUGUAUCUGAUGGUAUUUGAAAUCGAUAGAGGUUUUAGCUAUCAGUUCUAAAAUCUACGCAAAAAUAAGAUUGUUGUUUUGCCUAAUUUUAAAUAAUAUUAAUUGAAAGGAAUUUCACAGUUUGGUGCUGAACAAUUUGAAUUAACGUUUAAUACAAUUUGAAAAAUUUCAUUCUGUAAAUAAAACUAAUUUGUAAUUUCAUAAGAAAUUUCAUAAUGGAAAUUGAAUAAACUGUGACAUAACCUCG